AUGGACCCCUCAACCCUUCAAAUCCCCAACGUCAAAGCAGUCAAAGUCACAGACUACACCGACCAUGCCGCCCUGGUGAGAAACCUGCAGGGCGCGCAUACGGUCCUCGCCUUUAUCAGCCCUACCAGCGACCCUGAGAGUCGGUGCCAGAAGGCAUUGAUUGAUGCCUGUGUUGCGGCGGGUGUAAAGCGGUUUGCGCCUAGUGAAUGGGCUGGAAAGGUCAGGUCUGGGAUUGCAAUGGAGAAGACGGUCCUCGAAUACGCCCUCUUCCAACCAGGCUUGUUGAUGGACUAUCUCGCCCAUCCCUGCCCUCCCUCCAAGCACAUGUCCACAUUCCCGAUGUUCUUUGACCUCGUCGGUGCCCGUGCAAUUGUCGUCGAGGAUGACCUGGCUCCCAUGGUCGUGACGGCCGCAAACGACGUCGCCAAAGUCGUUGCGCGCGCAAUCGACUCUGUCGAGCCGUUGUCUCCUCAUAACGGCGGCGGUAUCGUCGGCGAAAAGACCAGCAUGAUGGAAAUCAUCCAUCUUGCGGAGAGGAUCACUGGUAACGUCACCCCCCUGUCCUUCCUUUGCUUUGUCCCUGACACGCAUAUGCAUUCAUUCCAGGCAAAAAUUCCACCUCGACCGUCUCCACGUCUCCGACCUACAAGCCGGCCAAUUCAAAUCUAG